CGGAUGCUCUGCGAAAUGACAAAAGAAUGUAGUCGUGGAUAAAACAGAGAUCUGCAGAUUAUUUGGAUUUAAUUAUUUUCUUUUUUUUUUUUUUAUGAUUCAAUUUCAACUUGCAAAUGCCAAGUUUCAGGGUUGUAAAAGAUAUAAUGGGUCUUGUCUCCUUUGUGCGAAAUUUAAUUAAUCUGUCUACAACAGCAUUCAAGCAUCGAUGCUGGGUACUGAAAAAAAAUCUUGUACUAAAAUACAAGUAAACUUUUUUUUUCAAAAAAGAAGCCAUUGAACCCAUUAUCAAAAAAAGUAGAGGAGUCGUAAUCGUGAACGAAUUUAAUGACCAGGCAAAGAUUAAGCACGCGCCAGAUAAGGUUUUGGAUAAAAAUUGCAUAAUUUCCACAUGGCUACAGCGAUUCCGCAAAGCGGUCAGCUAUCGCAUCGUGCCGUAACUCGCCAAUUGUGCAAAACUCCCAAUCGAAUAAUCCAAUAAACGUUCGCGAACAAUUUAAUAUUAACUUUAAAAAGGGACAAUCAAAUCGAUUCUCUAACGACAAUCAACAGCAGGAAACCAAAGAAAAAUGCUCUACUAUUGCCAAGUCGAAAAUCCACGUUACUCCCCAUAACGCUGCGCACACAUACAUCCCUCGAAUAAUGGAGUCAGCGUCGACAGCGCAUCCCAUUACAGAGUACAUAGCUACUGCACCGCCGACAAAUUAUCAGUUUCCAAAGGCUCUCCUUAAUUGCUUUACGGCGCAUCCGUUACGCCGCAGCGAACCAAACGAGCGUAUAACAUUAAGCCACUCGGUGCUCGCGCACAUCGUCUCUCGUUACGGCCCGCUAAACCCAUACGUAUUCCACGAUCUCCAAGCGAAUAACUAUACACCAUUAUACACGACUGUAAGACACGAUUCUUAUCGCAAUUUCACGAGAGAGAGAGAGAGAGAACUAUAACGCUCGCACGGAUGGCCGAGUCGGCUCUUCAGUUCUGCUGUGCCGAUCGUCGCGCGUUGACGAAAUCCGCGAGCGCAAUAAUAGUUUCCAUACAACGUUUUCUCUUCAGCAACUUUUAGUUGCUCCGCGCGCGAUAAAUACAUUCGAGGAAGCAUACACGAGGAUAGUUCCGGCGAGUGCUGGAGCGGAGCUGACGAUAUAGAGAGGAGAGAAGGUUUCUUUAAGCCAGAGAAAGAGAGGAAAAAAUGGCCGAUGCAGGGCUGGAACGAUGAGGAGUGAACAUGAGCUACAGUCACGGCGCUAAUGAUGCCAGUGUCGAGUGCGGUCGUUUGGUCAAGAUCGAUGGCGGCGCCGAGAAGCUUCCGGGGGAGGACUCGUCCGGACUGAAGAUUCAAGUGUUGAGUGUGCUGAGGCAGAGGGACUGCAAGUGGAUUGUGUUCUUGAUUUCUUGCAACAGUCUCGUCGUGUACUACUUGUGCAAUUGGUCGGCUUCCACUGAGAGUCUUGCUCUGCUCGCCUACGUAAACACGGUAGUCUUCAACGUCUGCGCUCUGGCGGUCUGUCUGAUUUCCAUCUGGGUGGAGCAGAAUACUUUACGGCAAAGCCAAAGAUUCUCCGAACUCUGCAUCGCUGCUCCAUACAAAUCCAAACCACCACCGCAGGAGCCGCAGCAGCAGCAGCAGCAGCGAUGGGCCAAGUGUCAGAGGCCGUUUACAGCGCCGUCAGCUGUCGUCCACGACCUCAAGGAUUCGAUCUCGGUAUUGGGCUUGGAAAAGUACGAGGUCCUGGCCCUCCUGGCUUCCUCUUGUCUCUCGCUCAUCGUUGCGUUACUCGUCGCUAUCGAUGCCAUUGCUAGGAUUAGGGAACAGCCCGUCGUCGUUCACGAAGGCCGAUUGGGACUGGGAGCUAUUCUGGGACUGGUCGCGCAUCUGGGGACGAUCCUCGGUCAUCCGGACGCUGGCUUGAAUCAUGUGGUUUGCAAAGCUCUGCCCUGUCCCACACUCAAGGGUGUCAAUCCCAUUCUCGGCAGCAACUUUAUCAGCUUCGUCAUUCUGUGCGGUGUGCACACGGCCAUACACUAUUGGGAGCUGUACACCGUAGAUACGGCCGCGGCGUUUGCGGUCAUCGGUCUGACCGUGGCGUCAAUGCUGCCACUUGCAUUUUUCACCGCUUCGAUCAUACUUCAGAAGCUAUCUCAUCAUAUGAGUGAGCAGCUCGACAAGUGCCUACGCGAAGCCCUCAUCAUCGACGGCGUUCUGGAGUUCCGGAACGAGAGAUUCUGGACAAAGUCCUUCGGAAAACUGGCCGGUAGUCUGGAGGUACGCGUGCGAAAAAACGCCAACGAGCACUACGUCCUCCAAAAAGUCAUGCAGAGGCUGUCGGAGGUAGUGUCGACCCUGAGCAUCCAGGAAUUUCGAGAACCCAAUUUCUUGCAGUCUCGACACUCCUUGCCAGAGCUGCUUCCGCUCGAAUAUUACGUGAACGAACUACUUCAGAACAACGUCUCCGGAGAAAAAAAGCUCGAGACGAAAAAGGAGAAAGAGGAGGUGAUACAGACCGUGAGAAUCGAGGAUAUUCUCGGUGCGGAGAAGGAGAGUCAGAUACAUAGAGGAGGACGUGCAACGGCGACGUUGUUGCGCAACGCGGAAGAUUUUGCGAAGCCUCACAAGAAUUAUUUGUACAGAGACGUGACAGUGACGAACGCCUUGUUACUGGGGAGCAGGAAGGAUCUCGAUGAUCUGAGGUGUAACGCCAAACUGCACUGCCAGCCUUGAUUUCUUUAAUUGUAAUUAUUUAUGUGUAUAUUCCACUCGAAAAGAGGUCAGAGGCUUUUUUUAAAUAUUCAUGACACACGCGAUACAUGUGUAAAUACACAGGUAUGCGAAAUCGAAAGUAAUUGGCGCUCCAGCUUUGAUGUGAAAUAAAUGUAUAAGCGCGGAUAAAUUUUGUAAAUCGUCGACGGCGAUGAUAUCAGCGCAUAUUUCACUCUUACCCAACGACGACGACGACGACGCGAUUAUAUUUAAUUAAAAUGUACAUAUCUGCGAAAUAAACACAGGCGCAUUUUUACGAA